GACUCUCUCUCUCUCUUUCAUCAUCGAGUUCAUUGUCGACGGAGCAACGAUGGGGCAGCGGAAGAAGCUCAGAGACAUCGUAGGCGCUAUGAAGGACAGAGGAUCGCUCGUCAGAGCGUCCCUCUCCACGAAGCCCGCCGUAUCCGCCGCGCGCUCCACCGUCAUCCGCGCCACCACCCACAAGUCCGCCGCCGCCCCUGCGGAGCACCGCGUCGCCGCCCUCCUCUCCCUCGGCCUGGGAUCCGACAUCACCGCGUCCGCGUGCGUCCGGUACCUGACAGGCCGCCUCCGCCGCACGCGGAACGCCUUCGUCGCGCUCAAAUGCCUCUUCGCGCUCCACAGCAUAAUGAUCCACAGAAGCUCCCACGACCGGAACCUCUGCCUCUAUUCCUUUUCCUUCGAGGGGAAGGGAUUCCUCAACCUGUUGAAAUUCAAUGACGGCUUCGACAGGGAGGCGAAGGAGUACUCGUCCUGGGUGAGAUGGUACGCGGCGUCACUCGAGCAGAGCCUCACUGCUUCUCGCGCUCUGGGCUACGUUCUUUCUUCUUCUUCUUCUUUGUCUCCAUCUUCACGUUCUCAAGUGAAAAGCGAAUACAAACGAGAGAAGAUUCGAGCAGCCACGAGCUCGGACUUGAUACGAGAGCUCGAAGUCCUCGUGAGCUGUCUCGAGCAAGUGAGCGACGUCCCAGAGUCGUUGCAUCUUCAGAAGCACGAUCUGGUACAUGGGGUCGUGCGAUCGGUGUGUCAAGAUUAUCGGAUGAUCCGGCGCGAAGUGUUCUCGAGAGUGGAGGAAUUGGGUGGCGACGAGAGAUUAGGGAGCUUGAGUCUCGGCCAUUUGACUCGGCUGCUGAUCGCGUUGGGGCGAAUUGAAGAUUACAGAGCGAAGCUGAUUUCGCUGUUUGCGAACAAGGCGAACCGCGACGGGUUGUGGGACUUGAUCGCGCAGACGGAGAAGAAGAUUUGUGGUCUCAUACGAGGGAGCGACCGGGGUUUGAUGGUCGUCCCCGGCGGUGCUUGGCAGCCACGGCAGGACAGGUUUCCCUCUAAUGCUUUGACGACUGUUUGGUGAUGCGUUACGAUCGGGUCAGAUCUGUACGAGUUGGGUCGAGUCUCGCCCCUCUUUUAGUUGGUUUGUCUCGAAUGUGAAUGAUGUCGGUUGAGAUUUGUUCCUCCUCUCUUUGUUCUCCGUCCCUGGAAAGGAAAAAAGAUGCGGAGAUUAAAGUAAAUUUGUCAAAAUGCUGUUAUUGA